UCCUUUCACGAAGCCAAAUGUCUGCUGCAUGAGAGCAAAACGGAACCUCUGUCUCGUUCUCGUUCUCUUUUGGAGUCUUCUGAUCGUGUUCCUGUUAUUAUCCAUUUUCCCGGCGAGUCCCUGUUUUCCCGGCAAUUCACUGCCCAUAUUUUGGCGAUCAUUCGAUCGAUCACGACGUCGGCCAAGCGGCGGUCGGGUUCUGUGAAGGGACAACGGCGAAUGCGCUUGUCCCGUGGCUCUUUAGAGUUUGGAGUUCCAUAUGCGAAUCCUUUGAUUGAGGUUUUCGUGCUGAUCGCGGGCGUAAUCCAUCGCGAGGCGCGGGCGUGACACCGGAGACGGCACGGGAUCGGUUUCCUGCCGGGCUUUUCUUCCUGGUCUCUUAUGCGGGACGUGGCAGGACGGGAGAAGGAUAGGAAUUGGAGAGGCGUGCGGUUGGAUGGGUAAACGAUGCCGGUUCUGCGUAGUGGAGUGCGCAAGGGCCGGGGACAGCCGCCCGGCGAGUUGAACGAUAAGGCGGCGGGUGAAAAGCAGGUUGGAGGGAGAGGAGGAAGGAGGCGAGGCGGCAAGAGUAAUGGAGCGGUUGGAAGGCUGAGAUCGGGAGGUACGAGUGGCAGAGGCCACGCGGCCGGUUUGGGCAUACAAGGACAGGUUGCUGCGGCUUUGGAGAAGUGCGGUCCUGGUGGGAACGCGGUGGUGCAAAACAGAGAGGAGGGUUUCGUGGUGGAAGCGAGAAUGGAGGAUAACAACAGCGGCGCAAGAAGCGAAGAUAAGGGCCCCGGGGCGGAAGACGAGGGCAGCACUGCUCCUCUUCCUGAAAGGGUUCAGGUGGGUGGUUCGCCAGUUUACAAAAUUGAAAGGAAGUUGGGAAAAGGAGGUUUUGGGCAAGUAUAUGUUGGUCGCCGUGUAUCUGCUCCAAAUACAAAUGAUCGAACAGCUGGUACUCUAGAGGUAGCUCUAAAGUUUGAACACAGAACUAGCAAAGGGUGUAAUUAUGGCCCCCCAUAUGAGUGGCAAGUUUAUAAUGCACUUGGUGGCAGUCAUGGUGUUCCUCGUGUUCACUACAAAGGCCGCCAGGGUGAUUACUAUGUGAUGGUGAUGGAUAUAUUGGGACCAAGCCUAUGGGAUGUUUGGAAUAACAAUGCUCAUCUAAUGUCUACUGAAAUGGUGGCCUGUAUUGCUAUGGAAGCAAUCUCUAUAUUGGAGAAGAUGCACCAUCGAGGAUAUGUGCAUGGGGAUGUAAAGCCUGAAAAUUUCUUGCUUGGCCCACCUGGUACACCUGAAGAGAAAAAAUUAUUCCUCGUUGAUCUUGGGUUAGCCACUAGAUGGCGUGAAAGUUCGACUUGUCAGCAUGUUGAAUAUGAUCAAAGGCCAGAUGUCUUCAGGGGAACCGUGCGCUAUGCUAGUGUGCACGCACACCUAGGAAGAACUGGCAGUAGAAGAGAUGAUUUGGAAUCACUUGCCUACACUCUCAUAUUUCUUUUACGUGGCCGCCUGCCUUGGCAAGGGUAUCAGGGUGAGAACAAGAGUUUCUUGGUUUGCAAGAAGAAGAUGGCUACAUCUCCAGAGGCUCUUUGUUGCUUUUGUCCGCAGCCAUUCAGGCAGUUUCUUGAACAUGUGGUAAACCUGAAGUUUGAUGAGGAGCCCAACUAUACUAUGUAUAUCUCUCUCUUUGAUGAGAUACUUGGUCCAAGUCCAGCCAUAAGACCAAUAAACACAGAUGGGGCAGAAAAGCUUAUGUACCCUGUUGGACAAAAGAGAGGGCGCAUUACAAUCGAGGAAGAUGAUGACGAACAACCGAAGAAGAAGAUCCGUAUGGGGGUGCCUGCAACGCAAUGGAUUAGUGUUUAUAAUGCAAGGAGGCCAAUGAAGCAGCGGUACCAUUAUAAUGUUGCAGAUGGAAGGCUUGCACAGCACAUUGAGAAAGGGAAUCAAGAUGGGUUAUUUAUCAGCAGUGUAGCAUCUUGUACAAAUCUGUGGGCACUUAUCAUGGAUGCUGGCACUGCUUUUACAUCCCAAGUUUAUAAAAUGUCGAAAUGUUUUCUUCACAAGGAAUGGAUCGUGGAACAGUGGGAGAAAAACUAUUAUAUUAGUGCAGUCGCAGGUGCAAACAAUGGAAACUCUUUAGUAGUAAUGUCAAAAGGUAAUCUACUAAUCUUUGUUUAUCUGAGACUAGACGUCAACGUGCGUCCCAAAUCUAUUUUGCUCAUGCAAUUGCAUUCUAAUGCAGGUACCCCAUAUGCACAGCAAUCUUAUAAGGUUAGUGAUUCAUUUCCUUACAAAUGGAUCAACAAAAAGUGGAGGGAAGGUUUCUUCGUCACCUCAAUGGCCACUGCUGGGAGUAGAUGGGCAGUUGUUAUGUCUCGUAAUGCACCCUUUUCUGACCAGGUUGUGGAACUUGAUUUUCUGUAUCCUAGUGAAGGCAUACAUCGGAGGUGGGAUAGUGGUUAUCGAAUAACUGCAACUGCAGCAACAUGUGAUCAAACUGCUUUGGUAUUGAGCAUACCCAGAAGAAAGCUUAAUGAUGAAACACAGGAAACACUGAGGACAUCUGCAUUUCCUAGUACACACGUCAAGGAAAAGUGGGCGAAAAAUCUCUACAUUGGAUCCAUUUGCUAUGGCCGAACUGUCUCUUGAACGUGUAUUAUGGUGGAAAGCUGCCCGAUGCACCAUUGAAGACAUCCUUCCUCGUGCAUCGAGUCUUUUUGGCGUCAUUCUUCCUUACCUGCAGGCAUGCGGCUCUCUUUUUGAUCUGGAGCAGAGAAAUUUUUUGACGUGUGAGUUUGCAGCUUACGCCUAUUAUCAGAUUAUGUCCUGCUUCUCACCUUGUGCAAUAGUACCAAGCAUAUCUGAUGCCCCUGGUCUAAGAACUGCGAUCCACGAAUAUCAAAUGAGAUAUGAUCUUAUUGUUCUCUGUAUAGCUUUUCAAUAAGAAUUCUUUAGCAAGAGA